UAUUUAUGUUGUGUGGCGCAAUUACAACGAAAAUUAACUUUCAAUUAUUUCACCAUAAUUACUUUAGUUGUACAUUAAUAGUGUGAAUUUUCUUUAAUAUCAUGUAAUUAAAAAUCAUAAAAUGUCUGGAGCAGAAGGAAUAUUCUCCUUGCGUUUAGUUAUAGCAGAUUUUUAUAUGGAAAAGCCGGUACCAGGAUUGGAUGCUUGUUAUUCAGAAUUUCGCGGUAAAGAAAUAAAAAGGGUUCCAGUUAUACGCAUAUUUGGUCCAAAUGCUCAGGGCCAAAAAACCUGCAUGCAUGUGCAUGGUGUAUUUCCUUAUUUCUAUAUACCCUAUGAUCAAAAGGAUUUUGAGUCCCUAAAUAAGGCCAUCUAUCAAAUUGCUCUCAAUUUGGAUAAGGCUAUAAAUAUAUCGCUCAGCCAAGGUAGUUCCUCUGCUCAGCAUGUUUUUAAAAUACAACUAGUUAAGGGCAUACCAUUUUAUGGUUACCACCGUUCUGAUCAUCAAUAUCUUAAAAUCUACAUGUUUAAUCCUCACUUUGUGCGAAGAGCUGCAAAUCUUCUACAAAAUGGUGCUAUUUUAAAUAAAAACUUUCAUCCUCAUGAGUCUCAUGUUCCAUAUAUUUUACAAUUUAUGAUUGAUUAUAAUUUAUAUGGCAUGAGUUUCUUACAUAUUCCUUUGGAAAUUGUAAAAUUUCGUCGUAGUGAUACUGCUGAGGUGGUACCAUUUCGAAAUCUUCACGAAACACAAAUGCUUGAUGUAAAUGUUGUUAAAAAAAUAUCCUGCAGUACGUUGGAAAUUGACAUUGGUUCUAAUUUUAUUUUGAAUCGUUUUCAAUUGAUAACUAAAACGAAUACAACACAUACAAAUCCGGGUAUUGAAUCUAUCUGGAAUGAUGAACGUUUAAGAAGACAAAAAUUGGCGAAAAGUGUGGAGGAUGAUGAAGAGAAAUUGAAUGCGAUACCACGACUUGAAAUACCAGCCACACAAGAACGACCCGAUAUCCAGCCAACCGAAAGUGAAAUAUUCUAUCGUACAGCAUUAUUAAGUAAACUUUUAGCUAUGGAAACCUCCAUACUAGAGACAACGCAAAUUUCAAAUCAAACUCUCAAUUCAAGUCUUGUCUCAAAUGUAACACUAAAUCCCAGUAAUACAAGUUUGAACAGCAAGCAGCAGAAGAGAACAUUUAAUUUAACAAAAAUAUUACAAAAUUCCGUCUAUCCUGAAGAAUGUACACAAAAUGAUAAUUUAAUUAAUGCCUCAGUAAUACCGAAUCACUUAAACAAUACCAGUAUUUUUGAACAGAGUCUUAUGGCUAAAUCAAAUGAGACAAAAGAGCAGGAAAUAAUAAAAACAGCCGAAGAUGAAAGUGUUUUUCUGGAAGAUACUAUAGUCGAUGAAGAAUUGGUCUUAAGUUUAACACAACAACAAAAUCGUCCAACUGAGGAGGAGCAUGUACCCAUGAAUGUUACUUUACGUGAGGAAGACAUGGAAUUAUUAGACAUCUUACAACAAUUGGAAGAGAAUAAUGAAGAUAAGAUCGAUUUAGAUAGUAGUUUAGCACCUAUGUCACAAAGUCAUAAAAAUUUUCCUUUAUCCCCACAAGAAUUGGAUAAAGAAACUACGAAUGCUGCUUUGCAUAAACCAUCGACCGACACUGAUUCUGAGGACGAUCAAGAAAAUGAUGAUAAUACACAUGAUUUUUCUAUAGCUUUAGAAAAUCUAGAUGAUUUAAUACUUAAACUAACACAAUCACAAAAACAACCACUUUCACCUAAUGAAAAUGCUGCAUUAGAUGUACCUCAAGUGGAUGGAGCUGAUGAUUUGCUGAGAACUCCUACAAAAGCUGCAAAAACUGCAGCAGCUAAUAAUCGGAGUACAUCACCUCAUACCCCCACUACACCUAAAAAUAGACGUUUAACUAUGGGUUCUCCUUGUCGUUCUCCUAGAACACCUAAAACUGGUCAUAAAUAUGCUGCUCUACCUUUAGUUUCUAUUGAUCGUUCUACCGGUAAAACCAAAGCUGUUAAUGACACUACACCUUUGAAACAGUCCUCAGGAGAACUAAACAGUUUACCCAUGUUAUCUUUACGUAAAAAAUUAGCUUUAUCUGAUAUGCGCCGCAAAAGCAUAUCGGUUGAUACAGAUGUAGAGGAUCGUGUAACUGCUGUAGAUGAAAGAACCGGUUCCGGCCGAAGACGUUCCAAAAGAUUAGUUAAUUUAGAUAAAACUCAUGUCACAUGUGCCUUAACACCCCGACGAACAAAUGAAAAAUUACUUAAAGUUUAUAGUUUGGAUAAUAAGGAUAUUGAAACUAAUGUAAACGAGGAAGAAUCACAUAAUAUCCCUGAAGAAUGUGAAGUUAUUAAAGAUCAUUUAAAGGAAAACUUAAAAAUUAAGGAAAAACUACAUGUUCCAGCUGAAGAAGCUAAAGAAUCAAUUAGUUUAAAAGUGGUAACUCCUGCAAAAACUGUAAACAAAAGAGUUUUAAAAGCAACUAGGAAAUUCCCCGAAAAGCAGGACUUUGCGGUGAAUGUACCAAAUAACUUGGAAGUUCAAUUAAAAGAAACUGUUGCAAAGAACAUGGAAGCAGUAAAAGAAGUUUCCUCUAACAGUGAAACUGAUGAAGAAAUUAUUGACUCUGAUGAGACUGAAGAACCCAUAAAAAAUUUACGCAAAACACCAAAUUUAAAAAGAUUAAGGCGCAGUUUUAUAAACGCCAAUUCGGCAAAACGUAGAAAAAUAACUAUAACUAAUACUAGCUCCAUAGUUAAUUCAUCCAAAUUUGAUUAUGCAAUAGAUGAAUGCAAACCUAAUGAAAUUGUUACGGAAAAUCAUUUAAAAUUGAAAAAAUGUAAAGUAAGACUCAAGAAACUAUUAAAAUCAAAUGAGCAGAAAGAUAAAAAUACCGAAGUUGUAAGGAAAGCCGCAGAAAGCAAUUUCGAAACUUUAGAAAAUGCAAACGAUGCCUUAAAUUGCGAUAUGGAAUUAAGUGAAAAUACUAAACAAGUUUUAAACCCUAAAGUUUCGGAAAGUGUCACAACUAAAGAAGAUAACUCUGGAAGUUCUAAUCUCAUUUAUAAUAAAUUAGAAGAUUUAAGCAGUGCCUUAAAGAUGCAUUUCCAAUCAUCAUUAACUUCAAAAGUUAUGCCAGAAACUUAUCAUUCAAAAAUGGAAUCAAUUGAAAUUAUGUAUAAAUCUCCAAAGGACGAUAAAAGUGAAACAAACAAUCACAAUAUAGAAACAGAUUCCCAAAAUCUGGAAAAUUUACAAGAUGCUUUAAAAUUACUUGUGCCAUUAAACAAGAACUGCAAAAACAAUGAAGUCGCUAUUGAAAAUCUAACAAAAACACCAUCAUUAGAUAUUUUUCCAGUUUCCCAAAUCAAAGAAAGUUCAGAUGAAGAAAUCUCUGAAACUCCUUUUUUUGAUAUUCUCUCCAACACUCCGAAUAAAGAAUGUUCAGAUGAGGAAAUCACUGAAACACUACCACAAGAAACUAAUAAAGACUGUAAAGUUAAAAGGUUGGGUAGUAGUAAAUCAAUAAAUCUACAGAGUCCAAUAAUAUUUACCCAGAACUCUAGUCCAGUAUUACAAGCCCAAUCAAAAACUACCACGCGAUCUAAUUCCUUACAUUUGGAAAGCUAUAUAACUAUAUCUUCUUCGAGUAACAAUUCCUCAAUAACAUCAGAAACUAAUAUAGUUUUAACUCCCCUAGAUUUGCCUCCCAGUCGCGAAGAAGUGCUGAAAGGUUGUCGUAAGUUUCAACUACCAGAAUAUGAUUUCCAACAACCGUUCUACAGUAAUCCCGAUGAUAUAACCAAGCAUAAAGAACUAGGUUUCACAGUACUUCAAAUACCGGGUAACAAACUAAAUGAUAUAGAAGAAUUCCAAAGUAUAUUGGGUACAGACGUCAAAGGUUUAACGUCCUGGAGACGUCAGCAACUUAUAAAACUGGGGGGAGUAGAAAUGUUAAAUAAAUAUCGUAAUCCACAACGUAUACGUGAAUAUUUUGCCAACAAAAAAACGGUUAUUAUAACUCCCCAAGUAAAUGCUCCCACCAGACAAGAAGCAAAAUUAUGGCUUAAAGCUAGGGAGUUGUUAAAAACAAAAGGAGAAGAAGUGGAAGAUAUGAAAAUGAAAAACCUAGAAGAAGAUAGUCCAAUUAAAAUACGAAGACAAAAAGUAACUAUGAUGAUGAAUGCUGGCGAUGCGGCAGAAGCAGACAGUGAUGACGGUGAUAAUAGCUUGGACUGUUCUUCCAGAAGUCUAACACUAACGCCUCUAACACCAGGAACACCAGUGGCAAAUGAACAUUACACAAAAGGAGAACUUAAGAAAAGUUUUACUCCUGUUAGUAGGAAUUUGGAAAAGGUUCCCCUUAAACUGGAUAGUUCCCUAAGAAAACGUAAAAACUAUAGAAUUUUCCGACGUGUUGCUCUAAAUAAGCAACUUAAGGAGGCUUUUGAUAAGGAAGCUUCUAAAGAAAGCUCUCAGGAGUUAGAAACUGUUAAGGAUAGUCAAGGCAGUGCAAUACCGAAUUCUCAAAAUAGUGAAACCAGUGUUAGUAGUGAAACUGCUCUGGCGGAAUUGGAACGCUCAUCUUUUAUGCAACAGUUAAAGGAAGCCGAUGUUACCAUUGGUGGCUUUUCAGAGAAUUCCACUUUAAACAAUACGUUUGGUUUUAAAGUGGCUUUGGAGAAUCUGCAACAGGCCAAGGCUGAUGUAGAGUUCAACUAUCUUACCAUUGUCACCUUAGAGGUGUUUGUGGCCACACGUGAUGAUUUAUUUCCCAAUCCACAAAUAAACGAAAUACGUUGCCUAUUUUAUGCCAUAGAAAAUAGUAUACCCAACGAUCAUAUUGAUGUCGAUAAAAAAUUACCCCGCAAAGCUUGUGGUUAUAUAAUGGUACAUGAUUCUCGUGAUAUUGUUGCUAAGGAGGGUCGUAUUCAUGGCAUAGAUAAUGAUAUUGAAGUGACCAUUGUUCAAACUGAAGUUGAAGCUUUAGAAGCUUUAUUGGGCUUGUGUUCACGUUGGGAUCCAGAUAUUUAUGCUGGCUAUGAAAUAGAAAUGUCUUCUUGGGGUUUUGUUAUUGAACGCGCAAAAUAUUUGUGUUUGAAUAUAGCACCGCUAUUGUCAAGAGUUCCAACGCAGAAAGUACGAGAAUUUGUCGAUGAAGAUCGUGAAUCUUUUACGGACUUGGAUGUAGAGAUGAAACUUUGUGGUCGCAUUUUACUUGAUGUCUGGCGUCUACUACGUUCUGAAAUUGCUUUGACCUCCUAUACCUUCGAAAAUGUUAUGUAUCAUAUUAUGCACAAACGUUGUCCUUGGCAUAGUUAUCGCAAUUUAACAGAAUGGUUUUCUUCGCCCUGUUCACGUUGGAUUGUUAUAGAAUAUUAUUUGGAAAGAGUACGUGGUACAUUGGCCCUAUUAGAUCAGCUUGAUUUAAUAGGACGUACAAGUGAAAUGGCUAAACUGAUAGGUAUACAAUUCUAUGAAGUGCUAUCGAGAGGAUCGCAAUUUCGAGUGGAAAGUAUGAUGUUAAGAAUUGCUAAACCUAAAAAUUUAGUACCAUUAUCGCCCAGCGUUCAGCAGCGUGCUCAUAUGAGAGCUCCCGAAUAUUUGGCUUUAAUUAUGGAACCUCAGUCACGGUUUUAUGCAGAUCCUUUGAUAGUUUUAGAUUUUCAAAGUUUAUAUCCUAGCAUGAUAAUAGCCUACAACUAUUGCUUCUCCACCUGUCUAGGGAGAGUCGAACAUUUGGGGCAAUCAACACCAUUUGAGUUUGGUGCCUCACAAUUGCGUGUUUCUCCCGCAAUGUUGCGUAAAUUGGUGGAUCGUGAUCUUAUAACCAUUUCACCCUGUGGCGUGGUGUUUGUUAAAUCAGCGGUACGUGAAGGUAUAUUACCACGUAUGCUAACAGAAAUUCUCGAUACCCGUCAAAUGGUUAAACAAUCGAUGAAACUGCACAAAUCUAAUUCAGCUUUACAACGUAUUUUACACUCACGUCAAUUGGGUCUGAAACUAAUGGCCAAUGUUACUUAUGGUUAUACGGCAGCCAAUUUCAGUGGUCGUAUGCCGGCUGUAGAAGUGGGAGAUAGUGUAGUUUCCAAGGGUCGUGAAACUCUAGAGCGUGCCAUUAAAAUGGUGGAAGCCAAUGAUAAAUGGAAUGUUAGAGUAGUUUACGGUGAUACUGAUUCUAUGUUUGUUUUAGUACCGGGACGUAAUCGUGAGGAAGCAUUUCGUAUUGGUGAGGAAAUUGCUGAGGCUGUGACAAAACAAAAUCCUCACCCGGUUAAAUUGAAACUGGAAAAAGUCUACCAGCCUUGUAUAUUACAGACCAAAAAACGUUAUGUCGGUUAUAUGUAUGAGACCCCCGAUCAAAAGGAACCUGUUUAUGAAGCUAAAGGCAUUGAAACUGUUAGAAGAGAUGGCUGCCCAAUGGUAGCUAAGAUGUUAGAAAAGGUUUUGCGCAUUCUCUUUGAAACCACUGAUGUUAGUCAAGUGAAACAUUAUGUUUGUCGACAAUUUACAAAACUAUUAUCUGGAAGGGCCAACUUACAAGAUCUAAUAUUUGCAAAAGAGUUUAGAGGUCUCAAUGGUUAUCGUCCUACGGCAUGUGUGCCCGCUUUAGAAUUAACUAGAAAAUGGAUACAAUCAGAUCCACGUCGUAUACCUCGUCGCGGUGAAAGAGUUCUCUUUAUUAUAACUAAUGGACCACCUGGUGUACCAUUAAUACGUUUGGUACGUCAUCCCCAUGAGGUGUUAAGCGACGAAGGUCUUAAAAUCAAUGCUGUCUAUUAUAUAACGAAAGCCAUAAUACCUCCCUUAAAUCGAUGUCUUCUACUUAUCGGAGCUGAUGUUAGUGAGUGGUUUGCCAAUUUACCUCGAAAAAUUCUACUAACACCAGCUCUCUCCACUGCCAGCGAAAUUAUUUCCUGUCCCAAUCCCAAAUCGAAGAAAAGUACUAUAUCACAAUUUUUCUCCACUACCAAUUGUAUUGUUGAUUGUGGCCGCCAAACGAAACGGGGUAUUUGUAUGGAAUGCAGUCAGAAUUCAACGCGGUCCAUGAUUAUUUUACAAUCGAAAAUUUCUAAAAUUGAACGUUCAUAUCUGGCAACACAACACAUAUGUCAGGCAUGUUGUGGUCGAGUAGGAGAUUUAAAAUGUGGCUCUUUGGAUUGUCCCGUUUUGUAUGUAUUGGAAGUUAAGCGUCGGGAUUUGCAACAGAUUAUGCAUUUUAGAAAUAUUGUAGAAGAACGAUUUUAGCUGGGGUUGUGGAGGAAGCAUGAAGCUACAACCAUGUUUUUGUUAAGUUAUGGUAGGAAGUACAAAAAUUUGUUAUAUACAUAAGUAUUUUUUAUUAAAAAAUUAAGGAAUUUAUUAUUGAAAUGAUUUAUUCAAAAUUGUUAAUAA